AUUCUCAAAGUGACUCAGCUGAGAGCGCUGAAUGUUCAAGUAAAGACAAUUACUCAAAUAGCGGAGGAGUUAUUGCGCCAAUUGCGUAGCACUCUCGUUCCAUUCGCUUUCUGUUUGUGUUCAUUCAUCGCUGCAGCAGGGGAGAAAGAACUGGCAGGACAGGUGGACAGUAGCUCGUUAACCACUAAGCCACUUUAGAUAUGGACCUAUCUGUGGUUUUGGGCUGCUCUCUGGGUGCUGCCCUUGGGGGUGUGAUCCUUGCAACCUAUAAACUGGGCUUACUUUACCAGCUAUUUCAUAAGACAGAGAGACAGAGUCCUCGACAUGGAGGUGAGAGUGUGGCAGAGGUUUUGCGAGCUCAUGGUGUCAAAUUUGUCUUCACGCUGGUGGGAGGACACAUCUCACCCAUCCUGGUGGCCUGUGAGAAACUGGGCAUCCGCAUUGUCGACACACGCCACGAGGCCACAGCUGUGUUUGCUGCCGAUGCCGUAGCAAGACUUUCUGGUACAGUCGGUGUGGCUGCGGUGACGGCGGGGCCGGGGCUGACGAACACAGUGACUGCGGUGAAAAACGCUCAAAUGGCCGAAUCACCGCUGCUUCUGAUUGGUGGUGCUGCUGCCACUCUCUUACAGGGUAGAGGUGCACUGCAGGAUAUUGACCAAAUGUCCCUCUUCAAGCCUCUAUGUAAGUUUUGUGCAUCAGUGAGGACUGUGAGAGAAAUUGUUCCCACUGUCAAAAAAGCCUUGGCCGCUGCACAGUCUGGCACACCAGGCCCAGUGUUUAUAGAGUUUCCCAUAGACACUCUGUACCCUUACCAUGUGGUGGAAAAAGAGUUUGCCCCCAAAAACACUCCCAAAGGCCUGAUGGGGAAAAUCAUUGCAUGGUAUCUCCGGAAUCAUUUAUCUAACUUGUUUGCUGGAGCUUGGGAGACACGUGAUCUGUCUCCACUUCCUGUUCACAUCCCACAUGCCACAGAGGAUGAGGUCCAAAGGUGUGUGGAAUUAGUGAGCAGAGCCAAGAAACCUGUCAUACUGUUAGGCAGUCAGGCAACAUUGCCCCCUACACCAGCGGAUGAUGUCAGAAAGGCCUUAGAAUCUUUAGGCAUUCCCUGCUUCUUAGGUGGAAUGUCCCGAGGGAUGUUGGGAAAGAACAGCCCACUGCAUAUUAGACAAAACAGGAGAGAUGCCUUGAAAGAUGCUGACCUCGUGCUGCUGGCAGGCACGGUGUGUGAUUUUAGACUGAGUUACGGAAGAGUGCUGAACAGACGGAGCAAAAUCAUUGCUGUCAACAGAGACCGGAGUCAGCUACUAAAGAACUCCGACAUGUUCUGGAAGCCAACAGUGGCCAUUCAAGGUGAUGCUGGUUCUUUCCUCCUGCGUCUCUCAAAAGCCCUGAAGGGACACCGAUGUCCAGAGGAAUGGCCUAGGAGCCUGAAAGAGGGAGAUGCCAUCAAAGAGAAAGCUAACAGAGCAAAAGCGGAUGAGAAGACAGAGAGGCAUUUGAACCCCCUGAGUGUUUUGCAUCGUGUGGAUGAGCUGUUGGCUGAGGACAGCAUCAUAGUGGCUGAUGGGGGUGAUUUUGUCGGCAGCGCUGCAUAUAUCAUGAGACCCCAGGGCCCACUCCGCUGGCUGGACCCAGGGGCCUUUGGGACUCUGGGUGUUGGAGGAGGUUUUGCUCUGGGGGCAAAGCUUUGUCGACCUGAGUCUGAGGUAUGGAUUGUUUACGGCGAUGGCUCACUUGGAUAUAGCGUGGCUGAAUAUGAUACCUUCACACGUCACAAGACCCCAGUGAUCGCUCUGGUGGGAAAUGAUGCAUGCUGGAGUCAGAUCUCCAGAGAACAAGUGCCUAUGCUCGGGAGCAACGUAGCCUGUGGUCUUGCCUUUACAGAUUACCAUAUUGUAGCCGAUGGUUACGGGGGCAAAGGUUACCUGAUUGGCAGAGAGGAUGAGUCGCAGCUUGAUGACAUCAUUAAAAAGGCGCAGAAGGAGUGCAGAGAGGGAAAGGCCGUACUGCUGAAUGUUCUUAUUGGAAAAACUAACUUUAGGGAAGGUUCAAUCUCAGUUUAAAGAGAAACACUGUCCUACCUAGAUACCCAAUUGUCAUGCUCAAAAUAUACCAUAGGUUGCACCCUUUACAAAGUUGAUUUUUUAAAAAGAGUUCAAAGCAACAACAUAUCAGAUGUUCAAAAACAUUUCUUCUGUUAUGCUGUGACUAAUGCAAUGUUCGCAAAACUCUCAAGAACAUGUCUCGCUCACAGUUCAUCCCAAAACCAAAAUAACUAAAUGAUAAAAUGUUUAAAGAAAAUUAAGCUUGUGCUCAGGAUCAUAAUUUCUUUUUCUAAUAGUAAUAUGUCAUUAUAUUUCCCCUUACCCUUAUUACUGUAGAGCAAAAAAGGGAAAAAAUAUUGUAUAUUAUAAAAAAAAAAAAAAAAUAUAUAUAUAUAUAUAUAUAUAUAUAUAUAUAUAUACACACGGGGUAGUAUUGUUGUAUUUUAAUUUAUGAAAUAUUUUAAAAGAAAUAUUAUAUGUGACCCUGGACCACAAAACCAGUCUUGUCAAUUUUUCGAAAUGUAUACUUAUACAUCAUCUGAAAUAUGCUUUCCAUUGAUGUCUGGUUUGUUAGGAGGACAAUAUUUGGCCGAGAUAUUUGCCCGAGAACUAUUUGAAAAUCUGGAAUCUGAGGGUGAACCCCCCCCCCCCUCCCACUUAAGACUGGCUUUGUGCUCCAGGGUAACAUAUUACAUAUUGUAUGGUAAUGAGAAAAAAAAAAAAAAAAAAAUAUAUAUAUAUAUAUAUAUAUAUAUAUAUAUAUAUAUAUAUAUAUAUAUUGUCAUUACUGAUAUGUAGUAAUUUUUUUCUUCUGAAAUGUUAGCUUGGACAUUUUUGUGAAGUUUUUGAAAAUACUUUUUCGUUAAGCUGAAAAGGAGCAAGCACAGUGCCUUCACUCUCAAUAGCAUUUUGUAAAAUACUAUAAAAAUCAGAGUACCGGUGUUAUGAUCCAGUAAGUUUUGAUUCAAAUAUUAUUUUUGAAGCACAUUUUAAGAAUGCAUGACUAUAUUUAACUAAUAAUAAUGCAUUGAAAGACUUGUGUUGUGUGAAGGUUGCAGGAUUGAUUCUGCUUCAUACAUCCUUCGUACAGAGUGCCUGUGAUUACUCUGAAAUUUGUUAGAAAUAAUUUUCAAAGAAUUGCGUCUACAGUUAUUUUGGACAUUAAUAUUUCACUAAUUCAUGUAUCAAGUGUGUUUAUGUUUGUUUAUCUAGAAAUAAUCAGUGUAAACCAAAGAAAUAUCCUAGCAAAUACUUGCAAAUGCAGUUUAUGUUUUUGCUGCAGUAUCAGACCAUAAUGCCUCUCCUGGGUUUGUGAUUGAUGACUUGAGCAUCCCCCACAAAAUGCCCAUUUAAAUAUGGCUAUGUGUUUUAUCUAUCAACAUUUGCUGAUGUAAUAAAAUCUCUAAAGAACAGAA